UUGCAAGUCACCUGGGAAGAUCAAAGCAUGAUCAAUACCUUCUCAAAAUUAGUCAAUCGCCUUGACGUGCGGCAAGAGACACUCGUGCUGAAGAAGCAAGACAAGGAAUACCUAGAUGAUGUCGAGAUGGAGCUCGAGCUUGCAGAUGAUGCUGAUGCAUUCCCCUACAGGAUAGGAGAUGCCUUUGUCCACCUCCCGCUCGAGCAGGUUCAAUCUCGUUUGUCGGCAGAGAAGGAAAGUGCCGAGGAGUCCAUUGAUCAGCUCGAGCAAGAGGUGGAGACGAUCAAGGAGGAGAUGGCAGGUCUCAAAGUGAAGCUCAAGCGUAAGUAUGGUGACUCCAUCAACCUGGAUAACUAG